GAAUCACAACACAUUAUUAUUCUCCAUCCAUGUGAUGUGAAAAUUAAGGUGUCACUGUGCGCCUUUGAUACACCAUCCCUGCCAGUGAGUAUUGGAUUAGCAGGCUACAUCAUGGCAGGGGCUGCAGUUCAGACUGUGAUUCAGCUGCUAGCUCAAUUCUGGGAAUGUUUGCUCUUUGAUGGUUCCCAUACAGAUAUCUGUAGUUAGACACACAUCAGACAGAGACAGACACACACAUUUUUGAUGGGAUAAUUGUGGUUAUCAGCACAGUGUAGAAGAGUAAAGCAUUGCAUUUGACAUAAUUAUAAAUCAGCAAUUCAUUUCUCUAUCUGUAAGUGGUCAGCCUGAUGCUUUGUUCUGUCUGAGUUCAGAUAUAACCCUCCCUCUCGUUUUGUCCCUCUCUCCCCACCCCCUCUCUCUCUGACUGAAGGUUAUUUUAGUCUUUGUCCGUCUCAGGAGGCUGUUUGAGUGGUUUGCUACCUGAUUAAAAUAAUGAUUAUCUUAAUUGAACCAAUUUGGCCUCGGUCUCCACCACGGCUGCUGAUAGGAAGGGAAGAGGGGGAGCUUUAAAAAAACAUCACUCACUGUGCUCCACCCUCAGAAUGCUUCCAUGUGUUGUUGAGUGGUAGACAUGUGCUUUUUUUUGUCAUGUGGGUAGGAAAAAGCCCCUCAGGUGUGACAUGACAUCUCCAGUGGAUGUGGAGUUAACAUUGUUACAUCACACCAGAUGACAAAACCCAUUGUUGUUCAUGGCAUCUCAACACCCUGUCUGUUUCUCUGGGGAGAGAUGACUGGAUCUGCCCUCUGUGCCCUCUACUGAAGGCAUGGCCGAGCAACAGGGAAAGUAGAUCAUCAGAUGCAGUGGACCAUGGGAUUAGAUCCUGCAAGAGCACAGCUGCCUAAAACAUGUGCUGCCAUAAUGGCCAUCAGGAAAGGGCAUCUGGGACCGCAACACACAAAUGACUGAUGAGGUCAUUUACAGGAAUGGAGAACUUGGAAAACAGAUCAAAUUAAUUCAUUUCUUGGUUCUGUCAGUUUAAUCUCUGAAUAAGAUGUAUAUUAUUACAUUUAUUGUGGGUCUACUUAAUCGUGUGAAAACAGUUACGUUUACUUACUAAUACAUAUACUGAUAUGUAUUGUAGGUAUACUGCAAUAACCUCCUGUUAAUGUAUAGAACUACAAAUAUUCUGUCCUAUUCUGAUGACAUCAAUCAUUACGUCAUAAAAUACGGACGCAAAUAUCAUAAACGUUGAACAUUUGUACAUUGUAUUGCAAAGUCCAUGGUUUGUGUUACGCACGUGUUUUCAUUUGGAACUUGCAAUAAAGUUUCUUGUGACGUGAGAAUGUUACUAGCCUAUUGUUUCUUUAUUGCCCAUUGACGACAAUUUACCAUUUCCGUGUGCAAGUUCAUAUGAUCAAAGUGAGAAAUCGUGUCAAAGAUAAGUCUGACGUUGAGGCAACAUGGCACUGGUACUAAUGGAGGAAUUCGGUGAGGUACCGGGAGAAGGACGUGUACAGAAAUGGAUUCUGAAAUCGUCUAACAUCACAGUGGAAAUCAUAACACUAGGGUGCAUCAUAACAGCCAUCAAGUGUAAAGGCAAGAAUGGAGAGGUCAAUGACAUCGUUCUGGGUUAUGAUGAUCUUGAGGGCUAUCUAGCCAACCCCAAGUACUUUGGUGCUGUUAUCGGCCGGGUAGCCAAUAGGAUCGCCAAGGGCAGAUUUGUGGUCGACGGGAAGGAUUAUCAACUGGCCAUCAAUAAUGGACCUAACUCCCUCCAUGGAGGACUGAGGGGCUUCAGCAAGGUGAUAUGGGGAAGUGAGGGUGUGGAGGGCGGGGUGCGGCUCACCCUCACCAGCCCCGACGGAGACCAGAAUUACCCCGGGGAGGUGCAGGCCUCUGUCACUUACACCCUGGAGGGGGACACACUGAGCAUUCAGUACCAGGCCCGCUCCACUAGAACCACCCCCAUUAACCUCACCAACCACUCUUACUUCAACCUGGCUGGACAGGGCUCAGCUGACAUAUACGACCAUGAAGUGUCCAUCAACGCUCCAACAUAUUUGCCUGUAGAUGACGUCAUGAUCCCCACUGGCGAGGUCAGACCAGUGGAGCACACACCCUUUGACCUUCGGAGGCCAGUUCUGAUUGGCCCACGGCUGAAAGAAGUGCCUGGGCCUGGGUUCGACCACAACUUCUGCCUGUCAUCACCUGGAGAUGCUUGGACAGAGCGCGUGUGUGCAAGGGUAUUUCACCCAGCGAGUGGGUGUGUUAUGGAGGUCAGCACCACUCAGCCCGGCGUCCAGUUCUACACAGCCAACUUCUUGGAUGGCUCUUUUAAAGGAAAGGGUGGCGCCUCUUAUCCUAAACACAGUGCCUUCUGCCUGGAGACACAGAACUGGCCUGACGCUGUCAACCAGGUGGGACCUUGACGUUGUGACCCUAUGUUUAUGAACAGGCCUCUUUCCCCGAUGCUCUGCUGAGACCAGGGGAGCAGUACCGCCACGUCACCCGCUUCACCUUCUCCACCGCCUGACGGAGAGAGGGGGGGGGGGUCAGGGGUCAGCAUCAAGCAGGGAGCGACCAAUCAGAAUCCCAGCCACUGAUCAGAGCUGAUCCUUUGCUGGUGAAAGGAUGGAGCAACAUGGAACAGGAGUUGUUUACACUCAAAUCAGAAGGUUGAUUUUGUAGUAUUCAAGAACCAAUCUGAGAUGGACAGGUAAUGAUUUUGAAAUGAAAAUGAUGAUGAUGAUGAUGAUGACAUGAUUAGAGGUGAUGAGUUCAUAAAGACGCACAGGUACAGUACCAAUUUGACUCUCAAUAUCCUCCACAUUGCUUUGUUCCCCUCUUUACAGCUGGACUUUUACUGCAUUAAACAUUGUAAUAUCCACUACCGUUUGAAGUUGGCUUUGGGCCCUGUUCAAAUUAGGCUUUAAACUUACAUAAAUAGUACAGUACAUGCAUAAAUAAAUUAGUUUCCACUUUCCUUUGUUUUUGGGUAGACAGGGUCUCUUUUGCUCCAUUACUCUUACAGUUGUGGCCCAAAAUAUUGUCACCCUUGGACUUUUUCUCCCUAUUUCUUAUCAAAUCAUUUUAUAUUUAGAAUAACUUUUGAUAAUUGCCAACAAAUGCUUAUUGUAGCCAUCAGUGAGCUUGCUGCACCUUUCUACUGGCAAUUUGGCCCAAUCUUCAGCAGAAAACUGUUCUAAUUCUUCAAUGUUUGAGGGAUGCCCUCCACCAACUGCUGUUUUCAGCUCUCGCCAUAGGUUAUGGAUGUGAUUCAGACCUCAUCUCUUCGCUGGCCACUCUAGAACAGUCCAGUGUUUCUUCUUAAACCAUUCCAUGGUGUUGUUGAUGUGUGUUUAGGGCCGUUGUCCUUCUGGAAGACCCACAACCUUCAACAGAGUAUGUUUUUGGACCCUGGGUCGAACAUUGGUAGUCUGCUGAUUUCAUGAUACUGUGUCUUGCACACAUUCGAGGCCCCCAGUACCAGAGACAGCAAAGUAACCCCACAGCACUAUCAAACCUCCCCCAUGUUUGAUUGUAGGGAGGGUGUUCUUUUCUUUGUAAGCUUCAUUUGGUCAUAGGUAAAAAUAGAAAGACUAAACUGCUGAAGGAGACACAAGAUAGCCUGAUUGAAUUUCUCAAAAACCCAUCUCAACAAGCCUUAAUCCUGUGGAAAAUGUUCUGUGGACAAAUGAAACUAAAUUAAAGCUCUUUGGCAAUACAGAUCAGUGCUGUGUUUAUUGACGACCAAAUUAAGCAUUCAAUGAAAAGAGCACAAUUAAAGAUGAGGGUGGUUUGAUAAUGCUGUGGGUUUGCUUUGCUGCCUCUGAUACUGGGGGCCUUGAAAGUGCGCAUGUCAUCAUGAAAUCAGCAGAUUAUCAGGUGUUUGAGUCCAAUGUUCAACCCAGCGUCCAAAAACUGAAGAUUGGGCCAAAUUGCCAGUAGAAAGGUGCAACAAGCUCACUGAUGGCUACAAUGAAUUUGUAACUUAAGCUAGCAAAAAUAAAUUUGGUUUCACAAUGUUGAAAAUCCAAUAAGGUGUGGUGACAGUUUUAUUUAAAUGUAAUUUAUUUGAAAAGAAAUAGAGAAUUAUUUAGGAAAAGUGCAAGGGUGACAAUCUAUUUGGCAGCUACUGUAUGUAUUCAACUCCCUGGAAUGUAUUAAUGGUGUAUCUCAUUGGUAUUCACUGGAAUGGUCUUUGAUUAUGGGACUCAAUAUUGGACUAUAUUGCAAUUCAAUGAAAACACCCAUUAUAUUACCUCUUCUACCUUGACGUACAGAGCCUUCAGAAAGUAUUCACAAACCUUGACUUUUUACACUUUUUGUUGCGUUACAGCCUGAAUUUAACAUGGAUUCAAUUGAGAUGUUGUGUCAGUGGCCUAUACAAUACCGCAUAAUGUCAGUGGAAUUAUGUUUGUAGAAAGUUUUCCAAAUUAAUAAAAAAUGAAAGCUGAAAUAUCUUGAGUCAACAAGUGUUCAACUCCUUUAUGGCAAGCCCAAAUAAGUAUGUGAGUCAAAAUGUGCUUAAUAAGUUUCAUGGACUCACUUGUGAGCAAUGUGUUUAACAAGAUUUUUGAAUGACUACCUCAUCUUUGUACCCCCCACACUCACAGAUAAUUUUAAGGUCCCUCAGUUGAGCAGUGAAUUUAAAACACAGAUUCAACCACAAAGACUAGGGAGGUUUUCCAAUGCCUCGCAAAUAAGGGAACCUAUUGGUAGAUGGGUAAAAAUGAAACAUUUUAGUUACUCCACAAUAGUAGCCUAAAUGACAGAGUGAAACGAAGGAAUCCUGUACAGAAUAAAAAUAUUCCAAAACAUGCAUCCUGUUUGCAAUAAGGGACUAAAGUAAAAUUUCAAAAAAUGUGGUAAUUUGUUUUUUAACUUGAUGUCCUGAAUACAAAGGGAUAUAUUUGGGGUAAAUUCAACACAACACAUGUUGACAGCUGUGCCAUACAGAUUGCAAAAUAGUUGGGAAGAGAUUUUUGAUGAACCAAUUCCAUGGUACAGGUAGUAUCCGUUGAUAUAUAAAAUGACACAAGAUUCAAGACUUUUUGCUUUUCAGCUAAAAUUAUUGUACAGAAUUCUUGCCACCAACAAAAUGUUGAAUAUUUGUGGCAUACAAUCAUCGCAGCUCUGCAGAUUCUGUUGUGAGGAUACAGAAUCAAUAGACCAUUUGUUUUGGUAUUGCCCUCAGCCUGUUUCUGGUCUCAGGUUCAGGAAUGGCUGAAAAUGAAUAACAUUGAUCUAAAAUUAACUGUAAUAGCAUUGUUGGGAGAUCUGGAGAUACCGGGUCAGUCAAUUACUAAUAUACUAUUAAUCUUAGUGAAAGUAUUUAUCUUUAACUUGCAAUCUGUGGAUUCUAUUAAAUUAGAUUCAAAUUGUAUGUUAAACAUCACAGCAUAGUUGAAAUAUAUGUGGUGCGAAGAAAUCUGAAGAGGGUGGCCAGCAGAGAUAGAUGGGAGGGGCUGAGAGAAGCUGAGGGUUGGGAUGUGGAAUUGGGGACAAGUGGGAGUGGAGUUGCUGGGCUAGAAUGACGGUCAAAGAUAAAAGUCUAAAUGAAACAUAACAAAAAGUAUGUUUGAAUGACACUGAGGGGCAGUAUUGUUAGAGUUAAUGCCUGUUUGCCUGAGGCUGAUACCGUGCAGGUGUUUGUACACAUGCAUAUACACACACACACUCAUUCAAAUGCAAACACGUGCACACAUGUAAAUAGUGCCACAAAUGCACUCAAACAUAUUCAGUUGGCCUUGCUGUUAUGAUUUUUGUUGUCCUUUGGUUUUUGCAUUUUUGACACUGGUUUCAUCUGUGGGUCGCUCUGGAUGGGACACUGUUGAUGACUAAUGUGAUGUAUAUAUUGAGUGGCUUCACUGCAAGUAGAUUGUAUGUUUUAUAUAUUCAAUAAAAUAAAAUAAACA